GUAAGUUUGUAUAUUUUGAAGUGAACGUUUUCAAUACAUGUAAAAGAAUUCAUUCUUAGAACUGUGUGAAUAAUAUGUGAUUCUCGUAAAUAUCGCUAAUUGAGAAUAAUACUGAUGUUAAAUUCAUCAAGUGUACGGGACUUAUUCAUUCAUCCUUGACUAUAAAAAAAUGUUCAAAAGUUUUCAACUAACUGUGAGGAAUUUGCGUGGCAUAACUCAUGCUGUCAGCCGCGAAACACUUUUAAACAUUCAGACGAGAGGUUACAGUAGAUUUCAUCCUAGACAUGCAACUAUUGUUAACGAAGAUGAACUUUUUGACGUCAAUGUAAAUAAUAUUGCUCCAAAGCAACCAAAGAAAAUAAAAUCCCGCUCGAUAAGACAAAAAGCUCAAGAUUAUCAAAAAGAAUUUGCUCAUUUAGAGGAAGUAAACAUUCCUAGAAGCAAAGAUGGAGGCUACAAUGAAUUUGAAAGUUCAGAUGACUUGGAUGAUGAACAAUUUCAGACUGACUCUCAAAAAGUUGACUUGAAGAAAGCUAAAGUAAAGAAGUCUCAAAGUAAAAAGAAAAGUAACCAACAUAUCCAAGAGGAAGGUAUGAUUAGAGAUAAGAAGGUGAUUUACACAAAACUAGAUGAAAAUGAUAAAAUAGUUUCCUCUCUUAUAAUGAAUCUGAAAACUAAAAAAGGAAGAAAGAAGCAAGAUCAAAUACUUGUAGAAGGAGUUCGUUUUAUCAAAGAUGCUGUAGAAGCUGGUCUACAUCCUGAAUUUAUUAUUUUUAGCAGAUGGGAGGACGUAAAGAAAAUUGAUAUUCCUUUAGACAACAUAAAAUGUUACAAAGUGCCAUAUCAAUCGAUUCAAAUGUAUUCAACUUUGACUACAUCACCUGGUGUCAUGGGAAUAUUUGAUAAACCUAAGCCAAAAUCCAAAGCUGAAAAUUGUUUACCUAUUACAAUUAUUUGUGAUAAUAUUCGAGAUCCUGGGAAUAUGGGUUCAAUACUGAGAGCAGCUGCUGGAGUUGGAUGUGAUAAAGUAGUGUUAACAAAAGGUUGCGUUGAUUUUUGGGAUAGUAAAGUUUUGCGGAGUGCAGCAGGAGCACAUUUCAGAAUACCUAUUCAUGGACCAAUAGAUUGGCCUGAUAUAAAAUCAUUGAUAAAAGACCAAGUUAACGUUUUUGUAGCUGACAAUAGCACUAAUAACUUUGAUGAGGAUCCAACAGAAUCUGAAGAAGAUUUUGAAGAAAUCAUUGGUAAAGACAUAGAAAAUGAUGAUGAAAGAACAAAAUCACAGAGAACUAAUAAUAAGCAUAAAAGUAGACAAAUUUCAUUUAUAAAACCUGAUUUUCCUUUGGUUCCAUACUAUGCUGUAGAUUAUACACAACGAAAUAUAAUUUUAAUUGUUGGUGGUGAAACACACGGUAUAAGCAAAGAUUCUUACAACUUAGUAGCAGAAUACAAAGGAAUCAGAGUCAAUGUUCCUUUAGAUAAUAAGAUUGAUAGCUUGAACGCAGGAAUGGCAUUGGGUGUUAUUGCUUUUGAAAUUAAGAGACAGUUUGCGCUUAUUCAGCAAAAAUUAAACAAAUUGCCUUGAAUUGAAUUACGUUGAUUUACCUUUCUUUUUGUAAUAAUUCAAAUUUUUAAUUUGAUUCUUUUAAAUACAAUUCAUAUAAUUUAUGUAAUUAAUACAUUUGUAAUUGUUUAUAGAUUCGUUUGUAAUCUUUUAUAAUGUUUAUAUUACGUUUCUUGAUUUAUCAUGAAAGCCAUUUUCAGUAUUUUCUGAAAGGUGACAGCACUUGCUAAAUCUAGUUUUCAUAUAUGAAAUGGACUUUUGUAUAAACUCCCUACGGUGUUUAUAUUUAGAUUGAAUGAAUUUGUAAAAAUGUAUUUGUACAAAAAAGUGCUUAAAAUAGAGAUUUAAUU